GCCCCCCCCGCGGGGCGGGGCGGCGCGGGGCCGGGAUGGCGGAGGCGGCGCAGACGCGGGUGCAGGCGGCGGUGGAGAGCGCCGUGCGGGGGCUGGAGCGGGAGCGCAUCCGCGGCAUGCAGGGCGCCAUGUUCCGGUGCAGCGCCCGGUGCUGCGAGGACGACACGGCCUCCAUGCAGCAGGUGCAGCGAUGCAUCGAGCGGUGCCACGCGCCCCUGGCCCAGGCCCAGGCCAUCGUCACCGCCGAGCUGGAGCACUUCCAGGAUCGCUUGAGCCGCUGCACGCUGCACUGCAACGACAAGGCGAAGGACGCGCUGGAGGCGGGCGGCACCGAGGCGCGGGUGCGAGGCCAGCUCGACGCCUGCCUGGUCGCCUGCGGGGACGACCACCUGCGCCUCGUCCCCGCCAUGGCCAAGAAGAUGAAGGACAGCCUGGCCGCCCUCCAGCAGUAGUGGGGCGCCGGGGGUUGGGGGGGGGGGGGGUCGUCUCCCCCCACCCCGCCUCGACGCGCUUUAUUAAAGGUUCAUGGACAAGAAGCUGUCAUGUGAGUGCCCGCCGCCCGGAGCUGCUCCCGGCCCUGAGUUCUCUUUGCCGCGUGUGUCUGCGCCGGGGCGUGGGGGCGGUCGUUUCUUACCACGCUGGAUGCGGCGCUCUGAAUGCUUCCGAUUAACACAAAGACCUUCCCUCCUCGCGGCCCCCCGCUCGUUUUCAGAGCUGCGGGUCCGGUGAGGAAAAACCCGAACGCUGGCGUUGAGCGGUCUCCUCCUUUAAACGGGCUCCGUUUCUUGUAGUGAAAUUAAAUGGCGGCCGACACGUCCAGGGGAUACUGCGGGGCUUUGAUCCCUUCAUGAACCUCGUCAUCGAUGAGUGCGUGGAGAUGGCGCCGGGGGGACAGCAGAACAAUAUUGGCAUGGUGGUAAUACGAGGGAACAGCAUCAUUAUGCUGGAAGCCUUGGAACGAGUAUAGCGCCGGAGAAACCUGCGUCGUUACUGGCCGUGACAAGACCUAACCCACUUCUUUUGUUUACUCAUUGAACCUGCCGCAGGGCAUCCCUGAGCAUAAACUUAUAUUUUUGUUUUGUUUUGUUAAAUAAAUUUUGUAAUGGUUGACGUAA